GUAGACGCCACCCCAAGGCCAAGACUUUCCAUUUGCAUAUGGGCUAAAAAGGGAGCUGAUAGAACAGGGCAGGUGGCAACGGCCAACGGCUGAGGAGGAGGAAAGAUCCAGCUUUUACCACAGCAGCCACUCAGACAGAGCUGCAACACAAGAGGGAGGGACCUGAGCAGAGGAACAACUGCAUCCACUGGGAUCUUUCAAGUCAAACAACUUUUUAAAAUGUAUUCCCUUAUAGAAAGGGAGUGAAUAGAACCAGGCUGAGUGAAAGACAAAAGGAUUUCCUGGCAUCUUUAUAAUUAUCAGAUAACCCAGAAACGAUCAGUCAAAAAGUCGCCUGGACAAAGAGGAAGCGUUACAUUUCCAAAGAUGGAAGAAAGCACUCCACAGGUGUGGCACAUGCAAAUUCCCAGACAGGAAGUUCCAGGAGAGCUGCAGAAGAAGCUAUCCGUGGCCAGCCAGCCGGAGUGCUCCAUCUGCUACAACACCUAUGAUAAUGUCUUUAAAACACCCAAGCAGCUGGAGUGCACGCACACUUUUUGCCUGGAGUGCCUUUCCCGACUUAUGGUUGUGACACUGAACGACCAGGAGGGGAGCAGCAGCACGCGCCUCUCUUGCCCGUUCUGCCGACACCCCACCAUGUUGCCUGAGGACGGUCCCCCUGCUUUGGCCACCAGCCAGGAAGUCCUCUGCAAACUCCCCAGCCACCAACAGCAUGAGGAGCCUGUGUGGUUGGAGGGGGAGAAGCUGUGCUACAAGAGCUCCAGACAAGACGCCAUCUCAGGGGCCCCUGAUAGUCCCACAGGCUUCUGCAUCUGCAUUGACAUUGGGGCCAGUAAGUCAGUGGAUCCUCCAGUCCAGACAAGGCCCAGGAGAUCUGGUCUGAUGGGGAGACUGGCAGACUGGAAGAGGAUGGUGCUCUUCAUUGUGCUCAUGGUGCUACUGGUUAUAGUGGUGCUAUGGCCGCUGCAGUGCGUUUUCACCACUGGAAACAUGCGCUGUAUGAGAAAUGGACCCCACAUCAGCACAACCGCAACCACGACCACCACGUUUCGCCCACUUAUCAGCAGAUCUGGUCUAAAAGGCUAAAUGUCGUAACUUGAAGGACUACACAGUAGAUGUUGACUAAAAAAAAGACACUUUAGAAGUUUAUCAAAAUAUUCUUGACACUUUUUAAUGAUGAACUGCACUUUGGAUAAGUGCGUUAUCGCAUCUUGUGAUGGACAGGCAACAGGGCGGCUGUCGAAGCGUGACGUAGGCAGGCGCCGCCCCACUGAAGGGCUCAGACAGGCGUAGAGGAGUGUUUGAUUGAUGGAUCAAUCAAAGGUCACCAAACUUCACAUAACCUCAGAAAUUAAAGCUCCUACUACCAACUUUUCUAUACCAACAUAUCAAGUUAAACUCAUCUGCACUAUUCUCCGAGGCAAAGAAAAAGCUCUGGUAGUAGGAAAUUUGCACUUGAAUCCAAGCUUUUAUUCUGAAAUCAGUUUAAAUGACAUCCUGUAACAAGUUUCCUGUCUUCAGCAGACAGUUGUUGCUUCACUGUCUACUAAUGGAGACUUUCGUCACGUCAUUAUGAGAAUUAUUUUUUCACAGAGAGCGAAUGAAUGGGAUCCAGAUGUGCCAAUGAAAAACUGAGUAUACUGUAACAUUGAUUGUGCCUUUUUUGAUAUGUCUUUGUUUACAAAACCAGAAUUAAAACUGAAGUAUUACACUU